AUGAGCCCAUCAAAGAAGAUUCGAGAGGCUUCUCCGACAGGCAUUUUGGUCGAUGUCCUAGACGAUGUGGAGAGAGCUUUCAAGGCUGAAGUAAUCCGGGACCUUCACAAAAUCUUGAACAAAACUUAUGUCGACUCGGGCGUUUGGGCGUGUCUCUGGAUUGCCGAUCUCCCCCGAUUAAGAGAUAUACGUGAUGCCGCUAGAGAGGAUCCGCAAGCAGUCUAUACCGAGAUAUGCAGGAGGUCAGGCUUUUGUAUACGCGAGCUGGCAUCAUCACAUUCGCCCAUCACAGAAGUGGUAAAAAAGCGCGAGGUUACAAACAUACAGAUGGUAUGGUCACACCGGAUGUCUCAACUGGUGGGAACCCCUUCUCAGCGUCCCCUCUCGCCCCUCCCAGAGAAUACAUGCUAUACAAGAGACAACAGAGUGUGUUUGAUAAGCAAGUCCAGGUUUAACUUGCAAAUUGCCAAGAUUGUCCGUAACCACUUCAUUACAUUGGGAAUCGGCAAGAGAGAACAGUUUUGGGACGCGUUGAGGUACUUCUGGCCCGACAGGGUGAACGCGUGGGAGAGCGCAAUACUCCAACUUGAGCUUUUUGCUGGUCCAUGUGGGAACGAAAUGUGUCUGUGCUCUCAUGUACGUGAGCUCUGGGACGUGGGCUAUUUCGGGUUGAAACCCUUGAGUAAGUCUGACGAUGGCAAGAAACUUCGAGUCAUGUUCUACUGGCUUCCCGAGUACCCUUUUAGCAGGAAAAGAGACCCGGGUGAUGUUAGGCUGAAGGAGCGUAACACUGCUUGUCCCCAGGCCUGCAAGCUUUGGAACCGUGAUACCGAGAAGAAGCUUGCCUCUGGUGAUGUUCUCGAGUUCACAACAUGGAACCCUUCCCAGCUUCCCCUUCCAUCUUUGGAGCUCCUGGAGCUGCGUUGGUACAUUGCUAGACUCCUUGCCAUGUCUGGUGCGAGCAACAUUAUUGCGGCAGAUCUUGGAUUCCAUCCAUCGACACUGAGGGGAGUUGACGAGUUUCAAGCAUAUGCGAAAUCGGCCUGAACUAGAAGCGGCUGGUGCAUUCCACCAUCUCCCAAUUGUCAUUAGGAUAAACAGUCAUUGGAAGGCCAAAUGAUGAUAAACAUCUCUCUUUUCUGGCUUAUUGUAGAAAAUAACAUUAUGAGUUUAUGACAUCCUUCAGACUUCAGACUUCAGACUUCAGACUUCAUCAGCGAU